AUGGCUCGGAAACAUCGUAAACUCUCCCUAUCUCCACCCACCGACGGUGGUGCCGGUGAAUCCGAAGACGUGAUGGAUCCCGAGUUGGUUGACGACGUAGCUGGUUUCACUGCGGAUAUGGUCGUAGGUAAAUCUCCGGAAGAACCCUUGAUGCUCGCCCUCUCGACUUUACUCGAUGAAAAGAUGAAUGUGAUCAACGAAAGGCUCAACGUGUCCCAAGAACGUUUGGAUCGAAAGUUGGACGGUUUGAACGAUCGCCUGACCACUCUCACCGCUACCGUCAACACGAUCUCAACCAGGACCAACACCUUGAUCGGUCAGGUUAACAAGAUGGAUGUUAGAAUCGAUAAGAUGGAUUCACAAAUUAAUAGGAUGGACGCUUUGCACAGGCAAUAUUACGCUCAGAUCGCGAAUCGACGUCGUCGUACCCUCGGACAAGACUUUGUUCCGGUACCCAGCUCCUUAUUCCCUCUGGACAAGAAUCCACCCAACUUUCCUCGAAGGGUCGCACGUACCCUCGUCAACCUCCGGAGCGUGCAAGAGCUACUCGACCCCGAGCUCGACGGGUGGCUUGAAUGGUACGGUCGAAAGGUCAAGGUCGUCGAUACGAGGCGGGGAAAAGAAUCGUGGUUGUGGGCGUUUUUAUAUGGGGAGGUGGAUGUCUUGUGA